AUGGGUGUCAAAGGUCGAUCAGGUCCGCCUCCGGGCGUUAUGGGCGAUGAGAAGACCGGCAACAAGCUGCGCCGAAAGAUGAACCAUGUCAAGCGCAAGAGAGCCAAAGAUGCUGCGCGCCGAGAGGAGCGCUAUGCUUUCAAGAAAGAGGAAGCCAAGAACCCCAAACUCAGAGAAGAACGACUUCGCCGCAAUAUUCCUCUCACUCUCGAGCGCAAGCGUGUCUGGAACGAACCCGACAACGAUACCGACGAAACUGGGCUGGGACUGAGUGUUGAUGUUGAGCGCAUUAAGCGCGCCAAGAAAGAGGAGGAAGAUGAACUCAACCGACCAUUGGAAGAGGGCGAGGAUGAUAGCGAGGCUCCGGAGUCAGACAAUGAGUCUGUCGACAGUAUGCUUGAAUCAGACAACAGCGAAGACGAAGAUGAGGAAAAAGACGAAGACGAAGCUGCCAGCCGUGGCCGGAAGAAGUCCUCGCUCCCAACUGCAACAGAACGCGCCACAAGUCCUACUCAGUCCACACGCAGCACAAACCUAAGCCUCGCACCUGAAGCAUUGGCCGCCAAAUUCCCUACACUCUUCACCGACGGACCUCCGCCCACCCCGAAAAUCCUCAUUACCACCGGCCUCAACUCCACCCUCCACGCCGAAGCCGAGAUCCUGACCGAUAUGUUCCCGAACAGUGUGUAUAUCCGACGCAAUGCACACCGGUACUCGCACAAAUUCUCAGUCCGCGAGAUUUCUAAAUUCGCCGCAAACCGCAACUUCACGACUGUAAUUGUGUUGAAUGAGGACCAGAAGAAGCCCUCUGGCUUGACGAUGGUGCACUUGCCCGUCGGCCCGACUUUCCACUUCACCAUCAGCAACUGGAUUGAAGGCAAGCGGCUUCCGGGACACGGCCGAUCCACCGAACACUGGCCUGAGCUGAUUCUCAACAACUUCCGUACUCCUCUUGGUCUUUUGACCGCGCAUUUGUUCCGCACACUCUUCCCACCUCAGCCAGACUUUGAGGGCCGACAAGUCGUUACUCUGCACAACCAGCGUGAUUACAUCUUCGUUCGCCGUCAUCGCUACGUCUUCCGCGAGAAGCGUGAGACCGAGAAGGCUGUCGUUGGUGCUGACGGCAAAGAGAUGGCUGGUGCUGAGGGCAUUCGCACCGGUCUACAGGAACUGGGACCCCGUUUUACUUUGAAGCUGCGUCGUGUUGAUAAGGGUAUCCAGCGUGCCAGUGGACAGGAGUGGGAAUGGAAGGGUGGAAUGGAGAAGACGAGAACUUUGUUCCAGCUGUAA